UGUGUGUACUGUGAGAGACCGGAUAUAGUGAAUGCAGGGUCCGGGGAGACCAGAUAUAGUGAAUGCAGGGUCCGGGGAGACCAGAUAUAGUGAAUGCAGGGUACAGGGAGACCAGAUAUAGUGAAUGCAGGGUCCGGGAGACCGGAUAUAGUGAAUACAGGGUCCGGGGAGACCAGAUAUAGUGUAUGCAGGGUCCAGGGAGACCAGAUAUAGUGAAUGCAGGGUCCGGGGAGACCAGAUAUAGUGAAUGCAGGGGUCCGGGGAGACCGGAUAUAGUGAAUGCAGGGUCCGGGGAGACCGGAGAUAUAGUGAAUGCAGGGUCCGGGGAGACCGGAUAUAGUGAGUGCAGGGUCCGGGGAGACCGGAUAUAGUGAAUGCAGGGUCCGGGGAGACCAGAUAUAGUGAAUGCAGGGUCCGG